GGACACUAGUGCAUUACACCGACACGGUGUAGGCUCUGUUUAAGUUAGGUCUAACCUAAGGGGAUGUUGUAAAGACUCCAUAUGACAUUCUUAUUAAAUAGAGCAAGGGAAGUUGUUGUAUGUUUGUAUAAUUGAAACCUUGUUGAAGUUCUCGUUACUUUGAAUACCCAAGGGUUUCCCGCUGGCAAAGACGCGAGGAGAAGGCACUUUCGCAUCAUGGCGGAUUCAAGUGAGCCGGUUGAAUCGAAUUGGUCGUUUAGAUCAAGGAUUGACGAGGAAUUGGAGUUUUACACGGAUAUGGCAUUGCAUGAAACACAGAGGUGGAUCGAGGCUGUCACAAGAAAGAAGUUUGCUUAUCCAGAUGAUCCCAGGAAGUCCUUUGAAAAUGGAGUACUUCUUUGCGAGUUACUGAAUUGUCUUCGUCCAGGGAGUGUGAGGCGUAUCAACCGGUUGCCAACGCCCAUCGCUGGUAUUGACAACUUGAACGUGUUCUUGGAAGCUUGUGAAGAACAAGUUGGACUGAAAAAUUCACAACUCUUCAACCCCAGUGAGCUUCAAGAUUUGUCCACAAGAGCAAUUGCUGAUACGGACCAAAUCAAGCAAGAGAUAGAAAAAAGAUUGAGAAGCGUUGCAAUAACAGUCUAUUGGCUGGGGAAGACAGUUGAGGGAACGUACAAUGGCCCUCAGUUAGACUUCAGCGCAUUUACUGGAUUGAUCAAGAACCAAGGGACAGGAAGUCUUUUUGAGCACACGCCACGAGCACACACACGACAAGAUUCGGCAGACUCCUAUGAACAUUCGAGUGCGUAUGGGUCAUACAGAAGCGAGGAUGUGAAUCACAAGACCAGUACACCUGGUCACCAUAGUAACACGUCAUACGAUUCAGUGGAACAGCCACGUUUUCUGCAGGAUAUUAGUACAGGCAGUGGCCACCAUCAAAGGGAGAAUUCGUACGACUCCUUCGGAUCAUUCGAUCGCCAUAACUCAGACGAUAAUAGUUUUGAAAACAUGCCAGUGCGAAACAAUAUGCAGCAUUACGGAAGCGCAGGUAAUCUCAGCCAUUCAGGACAGCUACGCUAUUCUGCGACACUGGACGGGCUUUACUCCGAUGAAGUUCCCUCGAUGCAACAGAAAGCAAGUAAGUUCGAUGUUCACCACAGGAGUAACCCUGACCUAACCAAGACAUACACGUUUGGAUUGCCUGCGGAACACCAGGGCAGAUACAGAUCUGGAAGCACACAAAACAUACACCACCAGAGGUUCUCUUCCACAGACAGUCUCGAUGGAAAUUCUUAUGGAAAUCAUUCGCGCCAAUCAUCUGGAAGUAGCGAGAAUGCUUUCUCAAAAAGUGUGCGACGGACUAGCACGGCAAAUCUUCCAUACGAUCCUUUGCAGUUCAUUAAAGUUGGGAAAGCUCCUUUGGCUGAGGAAGCCAAGGAGACUAUCACUCUUGUUAAAGAAGUAAAAGAAUUGAAAAAGAAAAUUGAACAUGAGGAUGAGGACUGGCAAUCGGUAGGUGAAGCUGACUGGCAUGCGAAUCUGUCCAGUUGGAAGCAGCGGAGGCGAAGUAAGUCGUCACACUCGUACCAAGUGAAGGAGGACUUAGACAACAUGUUCCAAGAGGAGGAACCCAAAUCUGGGCGAGGCAUAAAAUCUUUUGCAGAAAUGAGAAAAGAAAG